CGACUCUUAGAGCAAACUUGUGAACUUCACAUCACUACCAGCCUCGGGUUUAAAACUAGUGUUAAUGGAGGGAGUUUGAAUGUUCAGUUUGUUUCACGACUGCAUUUCACCCUGUCCCGAUCCUUUUAUUUGAGUUCGAGAAAAAACAACCAACACUCGAGAGAAGUCCAGUCAAACAAUGAUUUAUUGAUUACAUGUACGCAGGAGAGGUCUGCAGCAUCACUCACUUACAGAGAUCUCAACUAGGAAGCACACAUCACACUACUUUUGUAUAUUCAAGUCCAGCCUCACAAUACGUAAGCAGAUAUCAUAAUAUGCGUCAGUUACUUGACUUCUAUAACACUUAAAAACCGUCCUCACCGUCUCACACUCUGUGUUUCCUGCUGUUUUUUCUCCUCGUACACGUCUCUGAAACAUCCAGAGUACAUUCUGUGCUAAUCUCACUGAGCAGGCGUACAGGCACAGCCAAAUGUCUCUAAUCUUUGCCCUAGAAACAAGUCUAAUAUUUAUCUGUGUCUGUAAACAUGUUUGCAUUGACCCUCAAAAGACUGAAUGCCAACUCUCAUGAGCACAUUUGCAAUGUGUGUAUGAAAAUAAGUAUAAAUACUUAUUUAAUAAAAGCUCACAAAAUACCACUAAUAAAAGGCCGGUUAGAAUAAUGUAUUUCCCACAAAUCACUGCCUCUGUUUGUAUCUCUGUCACUGCAGGACCAACGUGGAUCGAGAAGUCCGCGCUCUCAGGAGGCCGACAAUUUUGUUGACGAAAGAAGUGGAAGAAAAAAAUACAACCGUGACGAGUUUGGGAAAGAUUUUACUGUGAAAGCUUCCCUAAAAAUGCAUCAGGUCAUCCACACCGGAGAGAGACCGUUCAGCUGUGGAAACUGUGGAGAGUCUUUUACCAGGUCUGGAAGCUUAAAAACACACCAACUAAUCCACACUGGAGAGAGACCGUUCAGCUGUGACGAGUGUGGAAAUUCUUUUACGCAGGCUGGACACUUAAAAACACACAAACUCAUCCACAGUGGAGAGAGACCGUUCAGCUGUGGAGACUGUGGAAAGUCUUUUACCACGUCUGGACACUUAAAAAAUCACAAACUCAUCCACACUGGAGAGAGACCGUUCAGCUGUAGAGACUGUGGAAAGUCUUUUACCGAGUCUGGAACAUUAAAAACACACAAACUCAUCCACAGUGGAGAGAGACCGUUCAGCUGUGACGAGUGUGGAAAGUCUUUUACCCACUCUGGAAGCUUAAAAAGACACCAACUCAUCCACACUGGAGAGAGACCGUUCAGCUGUGACGAGUGUGGAAAGUCUUUUACCCACUCUGGAAACUUAAAAACACACAAACUCAUCCACACUGGAGAGAGACCGUUCAGCUGUGGAGACUGUGGAAAGUCUUUUACCCUCUCUGGAAACUUAAAAACACACCAACUGAUCCACACUGGAGAGAGACCAUUCAGCUGUGACGAGUGUGGAAAGUCUUUUACCCACUCUGGAAGCUUAAAAAGACACAAACCAAUCCACACUGGAGAGAGACCGUUCAGCUGUGGAGACUGUGGAAAGUCUUUUACCCACUCUCGAACAUUAAAAUCACACCAACUCAUCCACACUGGAGAGAGACCAUUCAGCUGUGGAGACUGUGGAAAGUCUUUUACCACGUCUGGAAACUUAAAAGCACACCAACUCAUCCACAGUGGAGAGAGACCAUUCAGCUGUGACGAGUGUGGAAAGUCUUUUACGCACAUUUCACACUUAAAAACACACAAACUCCUCCACAGUGGAGUUAAAGCGUACACCUGUGAUCAGUGUGGCAGAGCUUUUACUCACAGUAACAGCUUACAGAGUCAUCUAGUUACCCACUCUGGAAUUAAGGCGUACAGCUGUGACGUCUGUGGAAAAACUUUCAGCCGGAUAGGGAGCCGAAAUACACACCUACGCAUUCACACCGGACAUGAUGUGUACAGCUGUGAUCAGUGUGGUAAACAGUUUACUACAAACACAGAGUUACGACGUCACAUGUUUACCCACACUGAGGAACGACCUUAUAAAUGUGACCUGUGUGAGAAGACUUUUAAAUCUCCACGUUACCUGAGACGACACCAACAGAUCCACACCAGAAAGACUCUACAAGUGCAGUUACUGUGAGAAGCAGAGCGACACAGAUGGAUCAAGUUCUCAACCCUGUCAUCGCUGUGGGAAAGACUUUUGUUGUGACCUUUGUGGAAAAACUUUAAGUCAUUGAAGGACUCUGAAAAUACAUCAACGUGACACACUGGAGACAAAAUGAAC